AUGGAUGAAGUUCAACAACACCACCGUUAUUACUAUGGACUCUCAUGCAAUGAUGGGUUGUACCAACAGACACCAUUGGAGGAGCAGGGAGAAGAAGAAACAAGGGAGACCCAACUUGCAGACUGUGAUAAUACCGAAAUCACUGCUUGCCAGAAAAAUUGGAUUGUGGUGGAGGAUAGUGGUGGCGUGUGUGGGUUAGGUGGUGGUGCAGUGGGUGGUUGUGGGGAUUUACACUCUCUGAGCUUGUCAAUGAGCCCUGGUUCUCAGUUAGGCUGUGUCACAGCUCCAACCCAGAUCUCACAUACUGGAACUGAGUCCACAGUCAUGGAAACCGAGAAGAGAGGGUCUGCAAAAGUUGCUCUAAAGCAACCUAUUCAUAGGAAGUCCAUUGACACAUUUGGGCAGAGCACCUCUUAG